AUGCCUGAACAGAGGCAACGCAGAGAAGAGCCAGAGUCCGGCUCUAGCUCUGGCCUAAAAGGAGCCCUUCAAGGCCUGGGAAUCUUCCUCUUCGUACAAUUCGUGAUCGGACAAUAUUUCGGAAAUAAACAGAAUAAUGCCACGACCAAUGUUAGCGGAGGUGGCCCUAUUCCCACGUUUGAGAAUCGCCCCAAUCCCAGCGAAGUAACCGACCCCAGCAUUCUCCCGGAUACCAUCGCUCCUAUCUGGGCUUCCGAUACUGGUCUGGAUAUCAAUAUUUAUGUCACGCCUUCCCUUGCGCUUCCAUCUCUGAAAUCCCCGAGCACCACACUCGUGUUGCAGGAAAAGAACUUCACGCUUGGUAAUUAUAGCGAUACCCGCGAAAUCGAUACCACCAUCAAGGUCCCAAAGCAAGUCCAACAGAAUGGCACUCUUUGGGCACACUUCCUGGUUGCCCGUACUGGACAUGAGUUAGAUCCGGCUGCGAAAGGUUACAGCAGCGACCAUGCCGUGCACUUCCAACGUCCCCUGAACCAGUACCUUGCCAAGAAGAAAACCAAGAAGUUGAAGAGCCUUUUGUCCAAGGACGGAGAGGAGAAAGAAGAGGAAGACAACACCCCGAAAGUCUCGAUUGCUUCUUACUAUCACCCCAACUUCACGGUGUCCCUGAUUCCAGACUCGGGAACCCAGAAAUUCGGUCAGAUGCACCCCGCAGUCCGCCAGCAUGUGCAGCUAGAGCGCACUAGUGCCCGUGACAUCAGUGGCCAAAAUGGAUGGUACUACCCUAUCGUAUACCUGAACACUUUCUGGCAGUUGCGUACCCACAUGAUGGAGCUGAACUCUACUGUUGAAACCGUGCCUUUGCGCAUUACGAUUAACAACAUGGCCAACUGGAAGUUCAGCAUUAUCACUAGCGUUGAUGAGGGCUCCAAGCAAAGUGCUCGACAGGCAGCUGAAGGUGGCCCCGUGCCUGGUGGAGGUGAUGGUACUGAAUGGGAGAUGGUCAAGGAAAUCUUGCUUGAUACCAACAUCUUUCUCUUGGGUACUACUGGAAUUGUCACCAUUCUGCACAUGGUUUUCGAGACCCUCGCAUUUAAGAGCGACAUUUCUCACUGGCGCAAGAAGAAGGACAUUGUUGGUACCUCCGUCCGUACCAUCCUCGCCAAUGUCUUCAUGCAGGCUGUUAUCUUCCUCUACCUUGUUGACAAUAGCGACAACACUUCUUGGAUGAUUUUGGCCAGUCAAGGCUUCGGAAUCCUCUUAGAAGCCUGGAAGAUCACCAAGACUGUGGACGUUCGUCUGCGUCCGCCACCAGCAAACUCCUUCUUCUCCUUCCUGCCUUACGUGGUUGUAUUUGAGGACAAGCAUAAGCUCACUGAGACUGAGCAGAGAACCCAGGAGUACGAUGAGAUUGCUUUCCGCUACCUGUACAUCAUUGCAGUGCCCCUGCUUCUCGCAUACGCUGCCUACAGUCUAGUCUACAACACUCACAAGUCUUGGUAUUCGUACAUCAUCGAGACCCUUGUUGGUAGUGUGUACGCAUAUGGAUUCUUGAUGAUGGUGCCUAGCUUGUACAUCAACUACCGCUUGAAGUCUGUUGCUCAUAUGCCUGGCAAGGCCAUGGCCUACAAGUUCCUCAACACCUUCAUUGACGAUCUCUUCGCUUUCACUGUCAAGAUGCCCUGGUUGCACCGCUUAGCUACUCUUCGUGACGAUGUCAUCUUCUUCGUUUGGCUUUAUCAGAGCUACAAGUACAAGAUUGAUUUCAAGCGCGUCAACGAGUUUGGACAGGGUGGUGACAGUGACGAGGAAGAGGAGUCGGUGCAGCUCACUGAGAAGACCGAGAAAGCCGAGAAGCAAGAGGAGGUAGCUAAGCAAACCUCUGCUAAGGUUGACUCCAAGUCGGGCAAGUCUUCUACUCGCAAGCGCAAGUGA